UCUUCCUUGCUUCUCUGCUCACUCACCGUUCUCACCUCAUUUUUUUUAUAUCCUAUUUGUAAUUUUAUUUCUGCCGGUGAGUUCCGGCGAGGUAGUUAGGGUUCCGGCGAGAAUGGCAUUGCUUUCAGAUCUGGGGACGGAGAUCGUGAUUCCGGUGUGCGCCGUCAUCGGCAUCGCCUUCUCGCUCUUUCAGUGGUACCUUGUCUCGCGUGUGAAGGUCAAGCCGGACCACGGCGGCGAGCCGGCAGCUAAGAACGGGAAGAAUGGGUACGGCGACUACUUGAUUGACGAGGAGGAAAGCAUCAACGACCAGAACGUUGUCGCCAAGUGCGCCGAGAUCCAGAACGCUAUUUCUGAGGGCGCGACGUCUUUCCUGUUCACCGAAUAUCAAUAUGUCGGCAUCUUCAUGGUUGCAUUUGCGGUCCUCAUCUUCCUCUUCCUGGGCUCGGUCGAGGGUUUCAGCACAAAGAGCCAGGCAUGCACUUACAACAAGGACAAGCUGUGCAAGCCAGCUCUCGCAACUGCUCUCUUCAGCACAAUAUCCUUCGUGCUCGGUGCCAUCACAUCUGUCCUUUCCGGUUUCUUCGGUAUGAAAAUCGCAACCUACGCAAACGCAAGGACAACAUUGGAAGCCAGGAAAGGCGUCGGCAAAGCCUUUAUUGUUGCGUUCAGAUCCGGAGCGGUUAUGGGUUUUCUCCUCGCUGCAAACGGUCUGUUGGUUCUGUAUAUCACCAUCAAUGUAUUCAAGAUCUACUAUGGCGAGGAUUGGGAAGGUCUUUUCGAGGCGAUCACUGGUUAUGGUCUCGGUGGUUCCUCCAUGGCUCUGUUUGGCAGAGUCGGUGGUGGUAUAUACACCAAGGCUGCUGAUGUCGGCGCUGAUCUCGUCGGAAAGGUCGAGCGGAACAUUCCGGAAGAUGACCCUAGAAAUCCAGCUGUGAUUGCCGACAAUGUAGGUGACAAUGUUGGAGAUAUUGCUGGAAUGGGGUCCGAUCUUUUCGGUUCGUACGCUGAAGCUUCUUGUGCUGCUCUGGUCGUGGCUUCGAUUUCCUCUUUUGGGCUGACUCAUGACUUCACUGCAAUGUGCUAUCCGUUGCUUAUUAGCUCCAUGGGUAUACUCGUUUGCUUAAUCACUACCCUUUUCGCUACCGACUUUUUCGAGAUCAAGGCUGUCAAGGAAAUCGAGCCAGCGUUGAAGAAGCAGCUCAUCAUAUCCACCAUUCUUAUGACCGUGGGGAUUGCUAUUGUCACAUGGACUUGUCUGCCAUCAUCGUUCACCAUUUUCAAUUUCGGUGCACAAAAAGUUGUCAAGAACUGGGAGCUGUUCCUCUGUGUUUGUGUUGGGCUUUGGGCUGGACUAAUCAUCGGAUUUGUGACUGAAUAUUACACCAGUAACGCUUACAGUCCUGUGCAAGAUGUUGCUGAUUCGUGCAGAACUGGUGCUGCGACAAAUGUUAUAUUUGGUCUUGCGUUGGGAUACAAAUCGGUUAUAAUUCCCAUCUUUGCGAUUGCAGUUAGCAUUUUUGUUAGUUUCAGCUUUGCUGCUAUGUACGGUAUAGCAGUGGCUGCUUUGGGCAUGCUGAGCACAAUUGCAACUGGAUUGGCAAUUGAUGCAUAUGGUCCUAUUAGUGAUAAUGCUGGUGGUAUUGCUGAGAUGGCUGGUAUGAGCCACAGGAUUCGCGAGAGAACCGAUGCCCUCGAUGCUGCUGGAAAUACCACUGCUGCUAUCGGAAAGGGGUUUGCAAUCGGAUCCGCAGCACUCGUCUCAUUGGCCCUCUUCGGUGCCUUUGUGAGCCGUGCUGGAAUUACGAAAGUUGAUGUGUUGACCCCUAAGGUCUUCAUAGGUUUGCUGGUGGGUGCAAUGCUCCCAUAUUGGUUCUCAGCCAUGACAAUGAAGAGCGUUGGUAGCGCAGCUUUGAAGAUGGUGGAGGAAGUGAGAAGGCAGUUCAACGAGAUUCCGGGCCUCAUGGAGGGUACUGCAAAGCCCGAUUAUGCCACGUGUGUCAAGAUCUCCACCGAUGCGUCCCUUAGGGAAAUGAUACCACCUGGCGCCCUUGUCAUGCUUACCCCUCUCAUCGUUGGAACCUUUUUCGGCGUUGAAACCCUCUCCGGUGUUCUUGCUGGUUCUCUUAUUUCUGGUGUUCAGAUAGCAAUUUCUGCAUCCAACACUGGUGGUGCAUGGGACAAUGCAAAGAAGUACAUUGAGGCUGGUGCUUCUGAGCACGCAAGAACACUGGGCCCCAAGGGAUCGGAGCCACACAAGGCGGCCGUGAUCGGAGACACGAUUGGAGAUCCACUCAAGGAUACAUCGGGUCCCUCACUCAACAUCCUCAUCAAGCUCAUGGCAGUCGAAUCCCUCGUUUUUGCUCCCUUCUUCGCCACUCACGGUGGCCUUCUAUUCAAGCUCUGAACUAUAUGAUUAAUCAGUACUCGGGUUUUAUCUUCACCUCGUCAUUUUACUGAGCGACGUUUCGUGUGUUUUUAAUGAGCUGAUAAUGAUGAUAAUAGUGAUCUAAAGAGGCGGUGUUAUCUGUUUUUUUUUUCUUCGUCCCAAGGCGCUUUAGAAUAUCUGUAGUUCUAUUUGUAAGAGGAAUUAGUUUUACUUUUUGCUCAGGUAGCAUUUAUUUGUCUUAGGUUUUUGGUUGUCCUAUGUUGUUGUAACAUUUGAUGUUGUUGUAACAUUUAUUUUUAUUUGGUUAAAUCCUCUCUACUUUUGUUCUAC